UCACACGAUUAGGGCUAGUAGCACAAUACCGUCAGCUGCAGCAGGGGCCCACACACAGGUGUGCUUUUGCCUUUUGCAAAGAAAAUGGCGGGAAAAUAGCACACACAAUCCAUCUCCAUCGCCUCACUUGAAACCGUCGGAGAACAACAACAAUGGAGGCAGAACCAAAACCGUCAUCAUCAUCAUCGUCGGAAUCGUCUAUUUGCUGGCGAAAACAGCUGGAUGCGAACCUUAAGAGGCUUCAAUCUCUUCUAUUCGGAGCAGAUAUCGCUAUCCAGAAAGGAGAUUACAGUUACGCUCAGCUACUCUCUCUCCGUCUCAUCGGUUUUCUCGAUUCUCACUGUCUCAACGACGAAGAUGAAGCGCUCAUUCGUCCGAUUCGCCGUGAAGCGGUUUCGAAACUCGAGUCGGCUCGUCAAUCGCUCCUUGCUGACUCGGAUCGUCAAGCUUUUGAACAAGCCGGUAAAGAUGCAGGGUUUGUUUUCCACAAGCAAGGGGAUAUCAACAUUGAGAAAAUUAAGGAAUCAAAAUAUUUCAAAGCUCUUCUGAAACAUUCUAAAGUAAACACUCUAAACGAGGACGAUGAACAUGUAAGGCAAGAAGAUAUCAGUCGCAAGGCAUUAAAAGGUCUUUUACCUGUAAAAGCAACAUUGUAUGGAGGCAUUUUAGGGAAAAAUAAUAGUACGUAUAAUAGUUCUGUUGAGGUUCGUGGUUCGUCUACAUAUAUCAAUGCUGAUGAGGACAGAACAAAUGGAAGUCACUUGAGAUCGAAGCGAGCUCACAUGGAAAUCAGUAGCCCAAAGAUUGAAAAAGUCACGUCUCCAUCAAGUAACAGUGAAGCUACUGGCAAUGGAUUUGUUACUGCUAGAACAAAACUGGAAUUGGAUGUAAGACAAAAAAGAGGAUUGACUGGAUCACCGAAUCCUUCAGUCUCUCCACAAAGUGAUGGAACUAACAGAGGCUAUGGUGUCAAAUCCUACGGAACACGUCGUGGAAUACGUGGUUUUGUACCGCCGAUUAAAUCCAACGGUGGUAACACUGGUAAUGUAACCUCACGUGCAUCAAAAGGUGACGAUGCAUUAGAUGAUUCCACAAAAAGAUGCAUGGAUAUGCUAUGUGGUCCUGAUGGUGAACUUCCAGAGAAGUUAAGGAAUCUAGAGCCUCGCCUUAUUGAGCACAUUAGUAACGAGAUAAUGGAUCGAGAUCCUAACGUUCGUUGGGAUGAUAUUGCUGGGUUACAUCAUGCAAAAAAAUGCGUAACUGAGAUGGUCAUAUGGCCUUUGUUGCGGCCUGAUAUAUUUAAAGGAGUCCGUUCUCCAGGACGAGGGCUUCUAUUAUUUGGCCCCCCAGGAACAGGUAAAACGAUGAUAGGUAAAGCAAUUGCUGGAGAGGCUAAAGCAACGUUUUUCUACAUAUCUGCGAGUUCACUAACCAGUAAAUGGAUUGGAGAAGGUGAAAAGCUAGUGAGGGCUCUAUUCGGAGUUGCCAGCUGUCGGCAGCCAGCUGUAAUAUUUGUGGAUGAAAUAGAUUCACUGCUGUCCCAGCGCAAGUCAGAUGGUGAGCAUGAGUCAAGCAGGCGAAUGAAGACACAGUUUCUUAUAGAAAUGGAAGGAUUUGACAAUGCGAAUGAACAAGUUCUACUCAUAGGAGCAACAAAUAGACCGCAAGAAUUAGAUGAGGCUGCUAGGAGGCGGCUUACCAAACGACUCUAUAUCCCGCUUCCUUCUUCAGAAGCGAGAGCCUGGAUAAUACGUAAUCUUUUAAUGAAGGACGGGCUUUUCAAUCUAUCGACAGAGGAGAUUGAUAGCAUAUGCAAAUUAACUGAAGGCUAUUCAGGAUCCGACAUGAAGAAUUUAGUGAAAGAUGCUUCCAUGGGCCCACUGAGAGAAGCUAUGAGAGACACAAAAAUCACCGAACUUAAAAAGGAGGAUAUGAGACCAGUUACUCUACAGGACUUUGAGAAUGCACUGCAAGAGGUGAGACCUUCUGUUUCUGUUAAUGAACUUGGGACAUAUGAAAGUUGGAACAAUCAGUUUGGGAGCUUAUCGAUUUAGCUUUGAAGUGACUGGUUAGAUAGUUGAAGGCCACACUCGUAAUAUUGAAAGCCUGUGACACAAGCCAUGUUAUAUGUUUAAUUUUAAAAUCCGAUAUUAUCUUACAAGGCGUGUUUAGACGGUUGGGAUGAAGGAUUCCAUCCAUGAUGAGGAAAACCACUUGCCAUGGAAGAUGAUUUAUGGUUUGAUGAACAUAUCUGGCGGGUCACAUAAGAUAUUGUAAUAGGUUUGGGUCGGGUUGGGUUGGGUUGGGUUGUGUUGAACUGUUGACUAACAUUUUCUUAUAUACUUCUUUAUAGAUGAUUAAUAUGCCAAGUAUAAUAUGAAAUUGUGUUAUCAAAUUGCAAA